AUGGACGUCACAAAGGCCGUGUCGGCCUACAUCCAGCGCAUGAUCACCGAGGUCGCCGGCGUCAAAGUCCUUCUCCUCGACCAAGAUACUACGCCGAUCAUCUCAACUUCGUUCACCCAGUCCUCGCUGCUGAGCCAUGAAGUAUAUCUCACGGAUCGCGUCGACAACCUCAGCCGCGAUCGCAUGCGCCAUCUCAACUGCAUCGCCCUCCUCCGUCCAUCUCCCCAGUCCAUCACCGCACUCGUACACGAGCUGCGCCAGCCAAGAUACAAGUCCUAUUGGCUCUACUUCACAAAUGCUCUCUCAAAACAGGACAUUGAGCUUCUUGCAGAGGCCGACGAGCACGAAGUCGUCAAGGAGAUCCAGGAGUUCUUCGCCGACUACCUGCCCGUGAAUGCCGACCUCUUUUCUCUCAACAUCGACACUCCUCCCGCACGAAUCUGGGCCGACAAUCCUGCAACUUGGGAUCAAAGCGCACUCGACCAGCACGUCAAGGGCCUCUCUGCUCUCCUUCUCAGCCUUAAGAAGAAGCCCGCCAUCCGCUACGAGAGGAUGAGUGGUCUUGCAAAGAAGCUCGGCGAAGAGCUCUCCUAUCAGAUCAAUCAGGAUCAAGCCGGCCUGUUUGACUUUCGGCGAACAGAGAAUGCGCCAUUGUUGCUCAUCCUUGACCGCAGGAACGAUCCUGUCACGCCCCUGCUCACGCAAUGGACCUAUCAGGCAAUGGUACACGAGGUCCUUGGGAUCCGAAACGGGCGCGUCAGCCUCGCCGACGCAGACGGCGUUCGUCCAGAGCUACAGGAGAUCGUCUUGUCGGGCGAUCAGGAUCCUUUCUUCUCGGCGAAUCUGUACGACAACUUUGGUGAUCUCGGUGCUUCCAUCAAAAAGUACGUCUUGGAAUACCAGUCGAGAACAGCCUCCAACGCUACCAUCGACACGGUCGCGGAUAUGAAGCGCUUCGUCGAAGAAUAUCCCGAAUUCCGCAAGCUCGGCGGCAACGUGAGCAAGCACGUUGCGCUUCUCGGGGAACUCAGUCGGCGGGUCGAGAAGGACUCGCUGCUGGAGGUGUCGGAACUCGAGCAGAGCCUCGCCUCCGUCGAGAGCCAUGCAUCCGACCUCAAGGCCAUCCAAACGAUGAUCGAAUCUCCCAAGUGCUCUGCAGAUGCGAAGAUUCGUUUGGCGAUUCUUUAUGCUCUUCGCUAUCAGAAAUUGCCCGGCAACCAGAUUCAGAAACUCGUGCAGGACCUUCUCAAAGCCGGCGUGCCAGAAAGUCGAGCAGCACUGGUCUUUGUCAUGCUCAAUAUCGCCGGAGCGGAACAGCGCCAAGACGACCUUUUCGCAAACGAGAACUUCUUUUCUCGAGGCAGAAGCGCACUCAAAGGCCUCAAGGGAGUCGAGAAUGUCUACACGCAACACACGCCGCACCUCGUCCAGACGGUGGACAACCUCAUGCGAGGCAGACUCAGAGACACCAGCUACCCGCUCGUCUCUUCCAGUCAGCAUUCGGCGUCGAUCAACCCAGCGGAGCGUCCUCAAGAUGUCAUCCUCUUCAUCAUUGGCGGCGCAACAUACGAAGAGGCGCGCUCCAUCGCGCUCCUCAACGCUCAGCAUCAGCGUGGGGCACAGCAUGGCGCUGCCCAACAGAAUGCUGUAGGAGGCACUGUCGGUACAGGCACCCGAUUCUUGCUCGGCGGCAGCUCCAUCCACAACAGCAAGUCGUUCCUCGACAUGAUCCAGGAUGCCGCUUCACGCUUCGACGCUCGCUUUGCGAAACCACCCGCGAAUCUGGGCAGCGGUGGCCCGGCUCUCAAUCUCAGCAUCGGUCCCGUGCAGCUGGCCGUGGGAGGUGGUCCCAACGCAUCCAGACAGGAUGGCUCCGUGGCUGGGGCAGCUGCCAGCUUACUCGACCCGGAAUACCUUGGAGAGGCGGCAAGUGGCGCCAGGGAUCUUGCCACCGACAUUUUUAGUCGCGUCAGAAAGGGUGUUGAAGGCACGAUCAGUGGCCUUCAAUGA